UGCAACUGAAUGGAUUCAUUGAGUUUUGGUCAAAAUAACUCGAGAACAAAUUGUCAAUCCUGCGGCAUACGAAAUAACUAUAGCAAAAAUGACAAAUUACAUGGUUAUGUGUGUGAUUGUAAAAUAUAUGGUGUGCAACAGAUGCAACUUCGACGUCUGAAGACAGAUACACCUAGAGAAAAAAAAGACGCUAAAUAUUUCGAAAAGAGAAAGAGGAACAACAUGGCAGCUAAAAAGUCCAGAGAAGCCAAACGUAGAAGAGACAAUGAAAUGGCAUUGAAAUUAUUUCUUUUAGAAAAAGAAAACAUGAUGUUAAAGUUCCGACUAAGUACAGUAUCCGAAGAGCUUGAAAUUAUAAAAAGAACGUUAGUUUUAUAUAAUACGAAUCAAGUAAUUUGGACUAAUAACGUCUUACCGCCUUUUCAAAAAAAGUAAACUACUAGAUUAAAGCUUAAAAAUAUAAAUAACAGAAAUAUAAUAAUUUACGAUAUUAUUAUGAUGAUUUACCGUAGUAAAUUAUGUUAGUAUGUUAUUAUUACAAUAUACGCAUAGAAUAUUUUAAUAAUAAAUUUCAAAUUAGGUAGUGUUUAAUGCAAUUAUUUUUUGUUAGAAAAGAAUUUUUUACCAAAGUCAGUUUUACGGUUUUACAUUUAAGCGAACAAUUAAAUUGAGGCUGUCUCCUAAUCACUUACUUAUUAUUUUGUUAUCUACACGAUAGGAGCACGGAAUAAUAAUUAACAUAUUUUUGAGCUAUUUAUAGGUGUAAGAAAUUAAAUUUAUUGUGUGGUUAUUUAAUUUUUUUCGAUAAAAAACGAUAAAUUGUAUUUUGCUGUGUUAAAAAGCUUAAAAAUUAAAUUCAUGGUUUACCAUAAGUUUCUUAUUUCUAUAAUAACAGUUCAAAGAUAUUAAACAUAUUUAUCAGCUUAAUUUUUUUUUAUACAUUUUUAAAGUUCAAAUGUUGAUAAAAUUAAUCAACAUCAUCACUAAUUUCAAAUAGUUAUU